AUCCCGGAGAGUUCGAGUUCAAAUCUAAGGCAGUCUCCUAGUUAUUUUUCGCCUCUUACAUUCUGGAGGACAAUAUUCGUAAUGGAUCCUGGAAGUAAGUAAAUCUGAUUUACAUUCGACAAUUGAAUGAUUACUCGCUUAUUUUGUCGUAGCACCGUUCCGGGAUACAAAUAUAGCUUGGGGACAAGUGGACGCUGGCCUAAGUGGCCACUGGCUCCAUCUACAAAGGCCGUGAGUCGGAGCCGCGGUCAGAGAGAAAGACCCGCGUUCCCCGCGCGCGCUUUUCGAACUCGCGCUUAGCUCAAAUUACCGCGCGCUCUCGCCGGUGCUAUCGCGCGAUUCGAUCUCGCGUGUGCUCUCGCGUCUGUCUUCACGCAACAGGACGGGAGCAGCGACUGCCUACGGCGCGCACGCGUGUAGCAAGUAGUCUCGCGUCUCGCGGUCACUGGAUGUGGGUCGUUCUCUGUCUUGCGACAGUUUUCAAAUUGUUCUGAGAGCAUCAUUCAGAACGGAUAAGGAAGGGACGAGCUUGCCCAUCGCCGCAACUCGCCGCACCUUGGGGACAGUAGCCUGCCUCUCAUGUAACGUCAUCAUCGUGUCUUCGAGAUCAAUAGGAAAGAAGGGAGAACACAUUCAACAGGAAGGAGAGGAAAUCAAUUCGUGGAGGCAGAUUCACCAGUUGCGCGCCAAAACGGAGGUUCCUGCGUGUUCCUGACUCCAUUCAGACGGCGGUACUGGAUCGUCGAGGAGCGACAUCGCGAUAUCAGGCCAGACAAUCACUCCAACGAGCGACAUAGACGUCAUCCUGCGAAUCGCAACAAGUGUCCGCGGUCAUCGCAUUUCCAAAUUUGUCGCUUCGGACCCGCCAGAAUAGCUGAAACGAAUCAUUCCUCGCCUCGUCCACCUCGACAGAAGAGACGGACUGUACAACGAGAGAGUUCAUUCCGUGACAUGAGAGAAGACUCGUUUUCGCAGCGAGGGUCGCGACGGACGUAGCCGAAACGAGAGAAGAAUCGCCGAAGCGGCAGCGGCGAUCAUCAUAAUCAAGUGGACAAACCGCCGACAAACAAUAGGGAACCUGGCAGUGGCUUCCGAUGGGGUCGUAGCCGCCGUAGGCGCGUAUUCGUGACGGUAUCGCAAUGAUAGCCUAGCCGGUAGCGGGCAGGAAGAGAUCGUCGCGUAGGGGGAGAUCGCCAUAGCUAAUCGUACCACCCAAGGUGGCACAGAUUGAGAGCCCCAUCAGCGUACAUCCUCUCCUGGCUAACGAGAUACCCAGCGUCCAUCCAGUUCUCGUGCGCGCCGUUACGCCGCUCUUCGUCGCAUCGACGACCGUGCGUCGUGUGUCAACUUUCCUGGGAGGCUACCGGACGUUCCGACUCGCGGGAUUUCGAAUUCUGCGUACGCGGACCUGCCAGAUUACGGUGAUUCUCGCUCGGUGACACGGACGACGAGAGAGAAAGCGAGCGAGAAUCGAUCGGAAUUAGCGCCGAGCGACGUUGGAGCAUCCUUCGUCCCCAACAUCCGCGCGUCCUCGACCUCUUUUUCCAUCGUCCUCCAACGUCUCUCAUCCCUCUCGACUUAUCGCGUCGCGACGUUACCACCCCAAAGCACCAUCGAAGAAACGACAACGUGAGAGGCACGGAGAGGAAGAGGGAGAGGCAGAUUCGCUCUUGGCGUCCCUCGGCGAUUCAGCACCGGAGAUCCUCUUCCCCUCUUUCGGGACGCGCGCCGCUUCCGGCUAACUGGAAGUGACGCUCUAUGUAAAAGACUGCCGAGUGGUUCUCAUUGGGAAGCGCAGGACGCAGGAAGCACAUCAUGGAAGUGGCAAGCGAACUGUCGCCGCUGUCGGGGACGGAGAAUCAAGGGAAGAUCAAGGAGAGGAGCUCGUACUAUCCCCAGGAACCUAGCAAGAGGCCGCGCACCGCGGGCCAGAAGGUGCGAGCAUGUCUGAGCCACAAUGCGCUAACUAUAUUGACCAUGUCAGGCGUCAUCGGCGGCGUAGUACUCGGCAUAAUCCUACGGAACUCGCGGACCGACAAAUGGACACCACGCGAGAUCAUGUAUAUCAAUUACCUCGGCGACCUGUUCCUGCGGAUGCUCAAGAGCUUGAUCCUGCCAUUGAUCAUCUCGAGUCUGGUGUCGGCCAUCGGCUCCCUCGACCUGUCGCUCAGCGGCAGGAUCGGCGCGCGUGCGAUCGGCUAUUACAUGGUCACGACCAUUUGCGCGGUCAUACUAGGUAUGAUUCUCGUCGUUUCGAUCCAACCCGGAGUCGGCAGCUCUGCCGCGGAGACGACGAAACCCGCGCAAAACGUUUCCACCGUCGACACGUUGAUGGACUUGGUCAGAAACAUGUUCCCACCGAACAUUGUACAGGCCUGUAUCGCCCAACAUCGAACCGAGACCGAACCACCGGAGGGCAACUAUAGCAUUCCUAUGGAAGAAUGGAAACUGACGGAGAAACUGGUGUCCGGUUCCAACAUCCUCGGACUCGUCGUAUUCGCGACAGUGAUGGGCAUCACGCUCAGUAAAAUGGGACCGCCGGCCAAGCCGCUGUUGAGCUUCUUCGAGUCGCUCUCCGGCGCCAUGAUGUUAAUCACCAACUGGGUCAUCUGGCUGUCGCCGAUCGGCGUUCUCUCCCUAGUCGCCGCGAAGAUUACGGAAAUGAAGUCGCUGGAUGAAGUGGUCGGCCAGCUCGGGAUGUACUUCUUGACCGUGGUGAUUGCGCUCCUCAUACACGGCUUGCUGGUACUGCCAGGAAUGUACUUCCUUCUCACGAAGAAGAAUCCGUACGCCUACAUAUCGAAUAUGGCGCAAGCGCUCGUCACUGCCUUUGGUACAUCUUCGAGUUCGGCAACGCUGCCGAUCGCCAUCGCCUGCCUCGAAGACAGGAACGGCAUCGAUCCGCGUGUCACCAGAUUCGUUAUGCCGAUAGGCGCUACCGUGAAUAUGGACGGUACCGCCUUAUACGAGGCCGUGGCCGCAAUCUUCAUCUCCCAAGUGCGCAAAAUGAGCCUCUCCUUUGGAGAACUGAUUGCUGUAAGUAUCACAGCGACCGCUGCCAGUAUCGGCGCAGCUGGAAUUCCGCAGGCCGGUCUAGUGACUAUGGUGAUGGUGUUGGACACGGUUCGACUUCCGGCCAACGACGUGUUCUUGAUCAUCGCAGUCGACUGGUUACUGGAUCGGUGUCGAACAACGAUCAACGUUAUCGGCGACUCGCUCGGCGCGGGAAUCGUCCAGCACCUCAGCAGGAACGAGCUCGCGGCGUUACCGCAGCACAGCACGCAGCAAGCGCAGAACGGAGCCGAUUGUCACGCGACCACGUCGAUAUGACCCGAUGCGCUCGUACCGAUGUCUGUGGUCUGCGUCUCCCCGACCGACGAUUACGAAACUGCUUCGCAAUCGGAGGAUCAACCACCUAUCGUCGGAAGUAUCGGCGGCUCGUCGUUCUUCGUAUUGCCAUAAUUCUCUGCUCCGACCUACCCUCCCUCGUGUGGGAAUCCAGAUUUUCAAGAACGCAUGAGACGAUUAAAUCAAUUAAAAUUGAGAUUAGAAUUGAGAUUACGCAAAGAAAACAAAUCCCUGAGGGAUAACGAGAUAUUAUUUUGUAUUUUGCCGUGUCACGUCUGAUUUCGUCCAACUAUCGGGGUUUCAUGAGUCAUUCCGGGAUCUCGAGGUACGUACACACGGCACGAUCACGAGAUGCAUGUAUCACGUACAGUUUCAGUAGUGCAAUGCGACGACGGCCGAUGACCGCGAGGUACGAUUCUGUGAAGUGUUCUUGCGUUUACUCAGUAAGUGUUCCGUUUUUAUCUUAGUCAAAUAAUCGGUUUUAGUAUUAAUUAAUCCCGUUACGAGGCAGACAAACGAAGGGAACAAUAAAUCCCGCCAUCCCGACACGGCCCCACGCUACAAAGUAUUCGCGACGAAGAGUGCGCGCGGAAUGCGACGGGUGUGCAGUCUCUCUCUUCCAAUUGUACGUAUCUACUCAAAGACUGUAAGGAUUACUUUGCGGUAAUCGCUCCAGUUAACAUCCAUUCCGCGAUACGCGGGAUACGCGUGCACGUGAUGGCGGGAUCAGUCAGAUAUAUAUAUCUAUCGACGCGUAGCUCGCGGUGCGAGCAGCCGGCGUUCUUCGAAUAAGUUUGAAGAAUUUAAUAUAAUUUGGAGCAAAAUCUGGAAUAAGAUGCUUGAAACUAAAAUAUUUCUUAACUCUAGUGUACCCGUAGGCAUCACUGAGCGAGAUCUUGCUUGUAAAAUGUAUAAGCGUAUACGUAUAGUACACGUACACAUAUACAUAUCUGUCUUCCAUCCUCGCGUCUGACGAGAGUCACACUUGACAUCUAAUCGUGCAUACCGCGCAUUACGUCUCACGAGCUACAAGGUGUUUCUGUUUCUCUCUUGCAAGUUAUUCACGUUUUAUUGUUUCUUAAAGUGCAUUUAAGAUUGCCAGGAAUUCCCCGGAAUUUUUCACGAGAGGCGAACCAUAUUCGAUGACUUGCAAAAUUGGCCUUACUAUCGCCACUUGAUCGGGAAGUAUUUCUUACGGUUUUUCUAUACAGGAGUAGAAACGAGGGUACAAUUAUUCCGCUCACGCGCUGUUCCGUGACAAUUAGGAAAUGUUACAGUGUUUGUGCCAUAGAACCACGUUUAUUACCAGUCGUAAUUGUCGAAGGUAGCUUUUAUAUACACUUACUCAAGCGAAAGGAACAAACUUAAUUCAAUAAGCUCAAUGCCAUUAAUUGCAAUCAGCUAUGGGACUUAACCCUUAAGCCGUCGCCACGAUUCUUGAAUGAGAAAAUCUCUUUUCCCGCAUUUUCUAUCGGAAUCUAGCGGAAUCUUUUACUAUCAAAGAAGAAUUUACUAAAUCACCAAUUUACUAAAGACGAGCAAAGAUUGCAAACAGCAAGGUAUAGUUUCAAAAGACGUUCAAGUCCUGAACAUGCUAAUGAUACACAAAAUGUAAAAUCCCUACUUAAGGGUUGAAAUGUUUUUUUUAGUGGCACAAAAAGAACAACGUGAUUAUUCAAUAAUUCUUUUCGUACUGCUUCCACAUCAAAGAAAUCAGAGAACUAUGUCGAGAGAAUAACAAAAAGAUUAAUAAAUAUGCUGUUUGAUUUUGUCCUUUCAAUUUUAAUCUACUUUUCAAUUUUUUGCCGAAAGAUCCUUUUGUUAUUUUUUUACGCCAACUUAUUAUUUACGCAAAAUUGUCGCUAAAUAAGAGGAUAGUUUGUACGAACGUAUCGUUGCUGUCUGGCUUCAAUGUUGCGGUUAUCGAGAGUGAUUAACAUAUCUGUGAAACCCUUGCAUCUUAUCGGUAUGCAAAUAAAAAAAACUUGCGUGCAAGUCAAACUAAAGUUAAGCCCGUUUGUCGCCGUCUGCGCUGAUAAGUAAGUUGUAUGGCAACUAUUUUGCUUGCAACGUGAAUCCAUCAAUCGAAUAACGUCGCUAUUCGCAUAGUGAAUAUUGAAUAUAUGAAAGAUUAAUGUAUGAUAUAAUCAAAAUAUAUAAAUGGAAGUUGA